AGCGGUAUUCGGAAAUGAAAAUCGCUCCAAAUUUGAAUUUGAAUUAAUAAUUUUAAAUCCCUUCAAAACAGAUCCAGUGUGAUUUCUGACUCAUAUAUAUACAUUUUGAAUCUACACUCUAGUCUACAGAGAGUGAAAAAACAAAACCAGAAAGAGAAAAAAAAACUGAUACUUUCAGAAACAAAAAAACCCAAACCCUUCCUUGCUCAAACAAAAAAGUUAAACAAAACCCUAACCCUAAUCAAUAAAUCCCUUUCUCAGUUGAUUUUUUUUUUUUUUUUUGCAUUUCAUUUCAAAAAAUCUUUUUCACUCUAUGUUUCACCUUUGAUGAGAUUAAGAAAAAUGGAUAAUAAUAAGAGAGUUAACGCAGAUCCGUCCUCCGAUAGCCCUAGAUCUGAUUCCAAGUUGGGAGAAGAGAAGCGAAAAUUUCCGGGUAGCGAAGAUAUAGCGGGAGAGAAUAUAGACCACGGUCAUGAUAGUAAGAGAAUCAAAAUGCGUGAUAUCGAGUCAAUUUUACAAUCACAAGGAAGUGGAACUCACUGUCCAGAUAAAACCUCAAUAAGCAAAAACGCUAAGAAUCAAUCUCAGUCUACUCGUAAAGAAGAGGUGGUAGUGGUACCCAAAACUAAGGAGAUCCCAAAAUUUAUUGAUCUUACAAUGGAAGAGCCCGAAAUACCAUCUCCCAAAAAUGUAGCUUUACGUGUAGAUGGUAGUAGCAGCAGCAAUAAGCAAAUCAAAGAUUUGGACAUCGGGUCUCAAGUGGGAAAUGUUUCUAAGGUUGUACCUAAAAACCCUUUUCAACCAUCCAUUUUUGUUCGUAAUCAGCUUAAACCUAGGGAGGAUUCUGAGUGUGGGAGUUCGACUGGUCCUAUAGAGGAGAAUGAAUCACUUAGAAGGUGGAAAGAGAUGAAGCAAAAUGGGUUCCUCUCGUCGACGUCAACAACUGCACCUGUAGCUGUACCUCCUCCUAAGCGGCAUGUAAAGAAAACUAAUAAUAUUAAAGAAAUUAAAAGUACUAAUGUGAAAAGUGUGAAUAUGAAAACUACCAAUGUGAAAAGUGUUAGUAUGAGAACUACUAAAUGCACUAAAAGCAGUGAUGCAAUGAAGAAAAGAAUGGAGAUUGCUAAGAAAGAAGAGAUUAACAGGUUUACCAAGGUUGCAGCUCCAAGUGGAUUGCUUAAUGGGUUGAAUCCUGGCAUUAUAACUCAUGUGAGAAACAGUAAGCAGGUGCACACUAUAAUCGAAGCCUUGGUUAGGUCUGAAAAAAUUCAAAAUAGUAGGAAGACUACAGGGGCUGAAUUAAUGAGAGAAACUAAGGAUGGUAACAAUCACAUGGAUAGCCUUGCCAAUUUUCAAGAUCUAGGAGUUCCUAGUUUUAGUCUUUCCGUCGAAGAUGAACUUGCACAUACUUUUAAUGGAAGUUCUAAGGAUGCUAUUUACGUUGCAUAUAAAAAGGUCUGCAGUGAUACAUCUGGCGCUUCAUAUUUCACCUCAGGUUCUGAAGAUGACAUAUAUGCAGUUAAGUUGUCUCCUUCCAUGCCACCAGAAUACAGUAGCCCGAACAUUGAAGAGUCAGCAAGCAAAACAAGCAUAUCAUCUCUCUCCAUAAAAGCUGCUACUGUGGCUUCGCAAUGGUUGGAACUUCUUUAUCAAGACUUUCGAGGGCGUCAUGCGGCAAUUGAACGUAGUAAAAAGAGACUUCAAUCUGUAAUUCAAAUUGAACUACCUCUGUUGGUCUCAAGAGAGUUUCCAAAUGAGCAAGAAAAUAGCAUUAUUUGUAGCCAAUCAUCAUCUACCAAUGAACAUCAUUAUGCUAGAGUUAAAGACAUACAUCGAUCAAGGUGGUCUGGGGUUUUUGAUCAGAUGGAAAAACAACUUUACGAAGAGGGCAAACAGCUGGAACGCUGGUUGAACCAAGUAAAGGAGAUGCAAUUGCAUUGUGAGUGGGGUCUGCAAUGUGUGAAUUGGCAUGACUUUCAGCUACAGAAAUCAGAAGAUGAUUCCAGGUUAAAGAAAGGAUCGAAACCAGAUAAAGAGCUAUCUGUCAUGGCAGCUGCAGCUUCCAUUUACUCUACAUGCAACUUAGUCAUGGCCAAGGGAAAUGUGUUCUGUCGUUAAGCUAGUCUAUUAUGUACACUCACUUUAACCACUUUUAAACUUUUUGGGAACCUCAUCUAGUCAUCUUUCAUUGCCUUAAUCACCUCCUGUGUUCUGUUCUUUUCUGAACAGUUGGCCUUAAUCAACUUCUUGUAUUUUUGAAUAAUUUGGCACUUCAUCAUUACAGGGAACACUAA